AUGGGAAGCGGCACCUCCGCCCAACAUCACUUUGCUUUUCAGAACGCAGAGAAAGCCUUCAAGGCAGCGGCCCUGAUCCAGAGGUGGUACCGGCGCUACGUGGCGCGCCUGGAGAUGCGGCGCCGCUGCACCUGGAGCAUCUUCCAGUCCAUGGAGUACGCGGGGCAGCAGGACCACGUCAAGCUCCACGACUUCUUCAGCUACCUCAUGGAUCACUUCACCCCCAGCAGCCACAACGAGAGGGACUUCCUGAGCCGCAUGUUCACUGAAGAGAGAUUCCCCCAGGACUCUGAGGCAGAGAGAUGCUGCGACUACGAGUCCAUAGAGGUACCCGACAGUUACGCGGGGCCACGCCUGUCCUUCCCCCUCCUCCCCGACCACGCGACUGCCCUGGUGGAAGCCUUCAGGCUGAAACAACAGCUCCAUGCUCGCUAUGUCUUGAACCUUUUGUAUGAAACCAAGAAGCAUCUGGUCCAGCUGCCAAACAUCAACCGGGUCUCCACCUGCUACAGCGAGGAGAUCACAGUGUGCGGAGAUCUACACGGCCAGUUGGAUGACUUAAUAUUUAUAUUUUAUAAGAAUGGCCUCCCAUCGCCAGAGCGGGUAUACGUGUUCAACGGCGACUUUGUGGAUCGAGGCAAGGAUUCAGUAGAGAUCCUGAUGGUCCUUUUUGCCUUCAUGUUGGUUUACCCGAAAGAGUUCCAUCUUAACCGAGGAAACCACGAGGACCAUAUGGUGAACUUACGAUAUGGCUUCACCAAGGAAGUGAUGAAUAAAUAUAAGAUACAUGGCAAGAAAAUACUAAGAACCUUGCAAGAUGUUUUCCGUUGGCUUCCCCUGGCCACUCUGGUAGAUGAGAAAGUUCUAAUUCUUCAUGGUGGGGUGUCAGACACGACCGAUCUGGAACUUUUGGACAAACUAGACAGGCACAAGGUCGUGUCCACCAUGCGGUGCAAAGCGAGAAAGGAGGGCGAGAAGCAGGCGGAGGAGAAGGAACAGGCCACCCAGACGAGCGCCGCGGAGAGACCCAUCCCGUGGUUUCUCCCGCAAAAGCAGAGCCGCUCUCUCCCCGCCUCGCCCCUGCGGCGCGGGGACCAGGCCCGCAGAGCCGGCCGCUCCUGCAGCAUCCCCUGCGGCGGCGCCCCGGGGCGCUCUGCGGACCCCGAGCUGGGGCGCCGCCAGCAGGCCGGCCUGGGCGCGCCCUCCGCCUGCGGAGCGCCGGGAGCCGCGGAGCCCACGCAGGAGGAGUGGCGGCAGGUCACGGACAUCCUGUGGAGUGACCCCAUGGCGCAGGAGGGCUGCAAGGCCAACACCGUCCGAGGAGAAGGCUGUUAUUUUGGGCCCGACGUGACAGAGCAGCUGCUACAGAAAUACAACCUGCGGCUCCUAAUCCGGUCGCACGAAUGCAAGCCCGAAGGCUACGAGUUCUGCCACAGCCGCAGGGUAUUAACCAUCUUUUCCGCCUCCAACUACUAUGCAGUCGGCAGUAACAGAGGGGCCUAUGUCAAACUGGGGCCGGCCCUGACCCCACACAUCGUGCAGUAUCAAGCUAACAAGGCGACCUACACGCUAACCAUGAGGCAAAGGAUUAGCAGAGUGGAGGAAUCGGCUCUGAGAGCUCUACGGGAAAAGUUAUUUGCUCAUUCCUCAGAACUUCUUGGUGAAUUUAAGAAGUACGAUGCAGGUAAAACUGGUCUGGUUUCCAGCCAACUCUGCCAUGGCCAAGAAAAAUAG